CAUCUGUCUUGUUGCAUUUGAGUAAAUGUAUAUGUUUCAACUUACAUACAAAUUCAAUGUAAGAACAAACCUACAGACCCUUUUUUGUACGUAACCUGGGCACUGACUGUAUAUUGAACUAUGCUCCUUAUAUUCCAUUUGGACAUUCCGUUUGGCACAUGAUAACGUGCCUGUUGAUUUGGAAUGUUUGGGAUGAGUCUUUGUAUCUGAAGACUCUCUGUGGAUCCUGACUGGCCUUCUGUUGGGACACCCAGACCUGUACCUGAAUAUGUUGUGUGUGAUAUGGAUUAUUGGGAGACUGUACUGUUGGGUGCAUGCCCAUUUCUGGAGCUGGAUUUUCUUUCAGCCCUCACCAGUACAAAUCUCUGGAAGUGCUAAUGUGCUGCUUAGAUGGACACUUUGGGCUUGCGUGUGGCCCCGUAGAGCUCUUCUUGCCAGCAUCAUACUUGUUUGCUAAAUAAUGAACACCGUUAAGGGCCUUUGUAAUGUGACACUGCUUCCCGCACCACUCCCAAUACAAUGGCACAGACUGUUGUCUCCAUGUGGAACAAGAUAAAGGGUUUUUCUGAAUCAUUAGCAUUCCAGCCAUUGUCAAAAAUGAGUCGCCAGGGCAAUAGCAUUUCAGGAAUAGCAACCAGCAGGCAGAAUGGUGUAAAAUCCAGAAGUGUUGUCUCCCAGUGCCCUGGAACAAUGCAAGGCAAGUCCUGGCAUUCCUACAGCACCCAUGCCCUCUCAUAUAUCUCCCAGGGAUCCACCCAGCACAUAAUGUGGUCACAUACUCCACUGUUGUAAAAUAAUCUAGCUACUGUUUUCUUCCCUAUUCAAUGGCAUUCAGAUCUUUCCAUACAGGGAAAUACCCUACCUUACCCUAUUACGCCCCCCCCCCCCGUGCCUGGAGGUUUUUUACUGUCUAUUACAUGAUCUCCAUCAUAGAGUGCCAACUGGCAUGCAGAAAGGGACACUGGCCCUUUGCACCCCCCGUGCCUUCAAGUAGCCACCCUUCUGAAACAUGUCCCACUUGGCCGAGGGGCUUGGGAUCAGAUGAAGGGAUGCACUGAAUAGUUUUUCCAGUCAAUUAAAGAGCAGCUGGGUAGAUAAUUUGCAGAGCCAGGGCUUCUGUCAGUUAAAUAAGGGAAUCCUUUUGGUCUCCAUACAGUCCCUGCCAGCUGUGAUUAAGGGCACAGCUUUUCCCUUUAUAGAGACCACACAGCAGCCUGGGAAGGAAAUCUCUGAUUGGGGUCUGCACACAUGUGCCUCAGCCUGCCAGGUAGACGGGAACAGUGGAAUGUGGAAUGAAUAACCCCCAGGGGGUUAUUCAUACCAGUAGAUAUUUCUCUUGUGCGUCUAAAGAAGCACUGAUAUUUAAUGUAGUCCUGGGUCCAGCUCACAGUGAGCUGAGGGAAGUGAUUCAGGGCAUGGUGUAUCCUCAUUGCAGCUCCGAGUAAUAAUCACAAUUCAAGUUUAUGUGCUUUGGGGCUGUGCCAGAGGUACAAACGGUCAGCGGUGCUAUAAAGUGCACAGAGGCAUUACAAUGCCAGACGCUGGGAGGGAGCAUGUGCCUCAGUGAGACGUGGGUCUGCAGUGUGAGAUGUAUGGGUAUAGAUUGGGCACUGCAUUUCUUUUAAACAAACACCAUUUUCGCUGUGUGCUUUCAUUUGUGCAGAACCCGCUGGUUGUAGCACCUACAAAGCUAUUGACAGCAAUGCUAUGUUAACCCCCCAAGAUUUUGCAAAGAAUAGCCGCUCUAUAGAGGUGACAUUGACAGUGAAAAAGGCUAAGAAGUUAUGUAGAACAGUGGUUUUCAAUCUUUUGGGGGAUCAAGCCUCCUUCUUUAUUCAGUCUAUGACUUAGCUGACUGAUCCAUUGUGUUUUAGACAUAAAUACAUGGCCACGAUAUUAUAGUUCUAGAACAUAAACCUACAAAUUCUACGUAUGGUGACUUUCACACUGGGCACCCCAAGCAUGGAUUUGAGCCCCCGCAGGCCGGCAGCAGCUUCAAAGAGUGUGCUUAAUUUUGUAACCACUUAUGGUAUGUGCUGUUAUGAACAAGUAAGAGAAACAUGUAGUGCUAGGGCUCCAGUAUAACCCUCCAGAUCUUAGCCUAGGGGUUCCCAGCAGAGGAUCAGUUCAGGUAACUACUGGGGAGUAGUGUUGUGCCAUGGUGCUUGUGCUGGGCCAGGCUGCAGCAGACUGUGGGAGUCAGAUCCGGAGAUGUCGUCAUUUUGUCAUUUCACAUCUCGGGCUUUUUAUAGAUCAAACAGGCUUGCAGAGGUGUCUGAGCAGCUGGCAAUGUUCUGUGCAUCUUCCAUAGUGCACAGAGGGAUUGUGUUGGCAUUUUUACCAUACCCUGGUCCUUUGUGGGUAGAUAUAGCACCAGGAACAGGGGUACAAUCCUUGUACCAUAAUGUGUGUAUAUUGAUGAGAAGAAAAAUUAUUAAUGGGGGCUAAUAGUCUCACAUGAAACCACUCUAAAGCUUCUGCCAGAGAUAAUUUUUAGCCACAAGGUCACUAGCAAAGCACACAGGCUACAAGGUCACUAGCCAAGAGUGCAAGGGUUCUGCUGGUUCUGUGAGUGCAGGAUAUGAUGGAAAAUGGUAAAGGACUGGGGGUAACUGGCACCCCUAUGAGUUGCCACAGAGCCCCUUCCCUAUAAAUGCUGCUCUCUUUCCAUAUCGAACCAUAGGUUUUGGGUAGGGAUGCACAGAAUGCAGAAUUUUGUUUGGUAUUCAGCUUUUUUUCAGCAGGAUUGUCUGGUGAACCAAAUCCAAAUAUUUGAUUUUUCAUCACACAAAGAAUGAAGUAAAAAAAACAAUUCUCUUUCAACCUUCCUUGUUCUGAUUUGUAUCAUGGUUUUGGUAUUCAGCUGAAUCUUUCACAAAGGAUUCAGGGUUUGGCCUAAUCCGAAACUAGUUGUUUGGUUACUCCUGAGCCAGUCAUUCAUAACUUGCAAUUGGGUUGGUGCAGUUAGAGUAAUGAUAGCAAAGGUUUGAUUGGUGAUCAUAGAUAAACAGUUUGCAUAACCAUAACAUAUCGGCUGUAUCUUAGUGCUAACCUAAUAAUAAGCCAUGGCCUGGCCUAAGUGGCUGCCUUCAUUAUUUGAGUGCUUAUUGAGGGUGUAGCAAAUGCUUUUUGGGUGCCCCCGAGCACAUUAUGAAGGUUGAUGGUUACAGAACCAGUGAUCUGUGGUCUCCGUAAUUGAACCAAAGACUGGUUCAUCUGUCCCUAGCAACUCAAUAACCCAGUGCCCCUCACUAUUUGUGCAGAAACAUCUCCUGGUUCAACAGCUUUCCAAUGGGGUAUGUGUGCUCAGCCUCAGGCAACCGGGACUUACAUACAUUUCCAACCUAUAGAAGGGCAAUGUGAUCUUCAUCAGAUGGAUUACAGGUGUGUAAAAUACUCCCAAGAGAGAUGCAACCAAUGGGCUUGCCCACAUCCUGCCUUACUUCAGCCAGCAGAUGGGGCUAUGUAGUAGUUCUGUUUGCUUUACUCAGUGGGUCAGUUCUUUAAAGGCAGUUUAUUGAACAGUCUUAACAUUCCUUCUCUGUAUAUUUGUAUUUAUACCUAUGGUAAUCAGUACAGAAUGAGGAUAUAACUUAUUGUUCGGGGGCAGAGUUCAGCAACUGUACAGUUUAUAAGGAGUAUGGGGGGAGAUUACCCAUGGGACAGCAGUGGGAAUGCUGGAUGAAAAAAAGUAGAUGCAUAUUGCAGCUUUUGCGUAGCCUAAUCUCUUUGCUUUGGACAGAGAAGGGCAUUUAAAUGAAUAGAAGAAUGGAUUUGCCCCUGUGCUGUUCACACCUGCUUCCCCUUGCCAUGAGUAUAAUAUGCCUGGGUAGAACGGGCAUGCUGCCCUGUAUUUGUUGGGGGAUUUCUCAGAGAAAGGCUCUUUGUGUUGAGAUUAAAGAUCUUGUCGCUCGCUUGUUUCCACCUCCUUUGCAUAAAGGGAUUAUUGAGUUUUACUGGGGGGGGGGGGUUAAGUGUCUGUGCCAUCUGGGUGCAUCUCAUUCAGGGCACUUUACCCUGGUCUGCCGGCUGCUUGGGGCAUUGAGGGGUCAUCACAUGCACCAACACAAUGGUCCUUUGUUUGUCUGUGUAAUUUAUGGGGUUUGGCGCAGGGGUCCAGAAAAAAGGCCAGAGUACUGGGAGAGGGGGAGGCUGCAAUUGGAAUAUGGGGCAUUUGUGCAUUUAUAUAGUGACUUUAUUAAUUAUAUAGCGCCACCCCUGCAGCUCUGCAUAGACUAAGUUGUACAAGCAGUUGUACCUCUAUAUGGAGACUGUAGUUAUAAUAUCAUAAAUAUAGCGCCACCGUCUCCUGCAGUUCUAUAGUACAUCAGUGAGGCAGCAUCAGACCAGUUACAAUAAUUAUAAUAAAUUGGCUGUACACAUCCCACAUCAUGAUUCAGGUAAUGGUGCACUCCAGGACAAUUUGCAUUUUAUAUAGUGUUGGGUAUUGACUUUUCCUGCAGUGACAAGGGACCAUGAAGGCUGUUAUUGUAUCUCCCCAUGCUUCUGGUACAUUGGGCAGUUUUACACUUUACUGUUCCUCUGGUUCAGCAGAUGUAGAGAUUGCUAUCCACUCCCAGUAAGAAACCUACUAAUGAGGGGCAAAAAAUGCUCCUGUGUCAGUGCCCAUUAGCAUGGGGGGCUUUGUAUUCCCCCAGCAGGAUGUCUUACAGGGGAAUGGGGUCAUCUUUAAUAGGAAGCCGUAACCUACCCCACAUGCUCACACAUUCUGCCUGGGGUUAGGGAAUUCUCAUACUCCAGAUUACUUUCUUUCUUCUAGGGCUGAAGCAGAACUAGCAGUUUGAUGCCAAGAACACUGGCUAUAUCAGCACCCAGCAGUUCUGGACCUUGUUGCACAAACACGGCUCAGAUCUGGACCCACACAAGCUGGACGUCCUGCUCGCUCUGGCAGACAGUAAGGCUGAUGGGAUGAUUGGCUACCAGGAUUUUAUCAAUCUGAUGAGCAACAAGCGAUCCAACAGUUUUCGGCGUGCCAUUCUCCAGGGGAACCGUAGGUUGUGCAAUAAGGGCCUUCUGGAGGAGUCAGGUCUGAGUGUUGCCCAGCGCCUCAUCCGCCACAUGGCCUACGAAACGCUACCCCGCGAGAUUGAUCGCAAGUGGUUUUACGAUAACUACACAGGAUGCCCCCCACCCUGGUUUAUCAUCACUGUGACAAUAGUGGAGGUUGCUUUCUUUGUCUACUAUGGGCUGGUCCUGGACAGAUUUGUUCUGCAAGCCACCCAUCCCGGGUACCUGAAGAGCAACCCAUUAGUAUACCACCCACAACUUCGUGUUCAAGCCUGGCGAUAUCUCAGCUACAUGUUUAUGCAUGCUGGGAUUGAACAUUUGGGGGUGAAUGUGGCCCUGCAAUUGCUGGUUGGGGUGCCACUAGAGAUGGUGCAUGGUGCUCUGCGGAUCAGUUUUGUGUACAUUGCAGGCAUACUGGCAGGGUCGCUGGCUGUGUCAGUUGCAGAUAUGAGUGCCCCUGUGGUGGGAGCUUCUGGUGGAGUGUAUGCCCUUGUUUCUGCUCAUUUGGCUAAUAUUGUCAUGAACUGGUCAGGGAUGAAGUGUCAGUUCAAGCUGCUGCGUACCGCCUUUGCACUGAUCUGUAUGAGCUUUGAAUUUGGUCGGGCCGUCUGGUUGAGGUUCUACCCGUCUUCAUACCCCCCAUGCCCUCACCCCAGUUUUGUGGCUCACCUUGGGGGAGUGCUGGUUGGCAUCACAUUGGGGGUUGUUAUCCUUAGGAACUAUGAGCAAAGACUUCAGGACCAGUCUCUCUGGUGGAUUUUUCUUGCCAUCUACAUUUUCUUUGUGACGUUUGCCAUCUUGUGGAACAUUUUUGCUUUCAGUCUCCUUGGCGUGAGGCUGCCCACUGCUCCAAGGAAGCCUCCGUGGAUUUGAGUGGCUACCCCACUGUAUUCACAAGCAUUCAGGUGGAAGUAUGGAUAAUAUUGUGCAAAUCAGCCACCUCUCCUGAUUCAGUGCACAUUGAAUAUUUUUGUACAGACUCUGGGACUGGAGUGACAUGUCAUUGGUUCCAGCCCCAGCAAGCAGAUGUAUGGCUCCAAUUUUCAGUUUCUAGGAAGGAGUUACAUUUCAUUGGUUCCAGCAGACACAAGUAUAUACACCUGCAGACACCUCAUGCAAUAGGAGGAGUUACAUUUCAUUGGUUCCACUCCUAGCCUUGUUUCCUACUGGGAGUCCAUAGGAAACAGGGCUAGGGCAAUGCAUGGGUUUUAACACCAGUAAUAAAUAUAUCUGCCCAGUAAGUAAGGUCAAGGUGUUUUUACCCAUGUCCCACUUCCUUCCUCUGCCCAUUUAAUGCAUACACUGUGUGUGCAAUGGUACCACAACCACCCCUACCCAUCCACACAGCCUAUAUCUCAUGCUAAGUGACAUUCCAUUUGCUGGGAACACUCAGUGAGCCAACCAUAAUCCCAUAAAUCCCUCUGCAUUGCUCUGCUUGAAGGAUGGUACUUGCCACUGGCUCAGACUUCAUGGUGGGAGAACUACAGACACAGCACUGGAGCUUAUACCAUUAAGUUGUGUCUCUGAGCUGGCAUUAUGCAAGUCAAAAUAUCGCUAUAUUCUUACAGUGUGGGGAUACCCGCCCACAGGGCAGCACUAGAAAUUACACACACUGUAACACUCCCUGGCAUAAACCCAUGCCUCGCUGCUGGGGUUACCCACACAGUACAAUGGUGGAACUUUCACCAUAUCACUGCACAAUUUGAUGCCACAGAGGAUGUGCCAUUGAUAUUUUUGUACUGCUCUAUAUAGUAGACAUAUUUUGUUUACUGGCAAUAAUUACAUGAUGCUCAUUAAAUCUAUUUUGCCAAUGCUA